AUGAAGCUCUCAUAUACUCUGCUGGCAUUGGCAGCCCAAGUCACAGCAAAAGCCAUACCAAAGAGCAGUAGUCCUCAAUCCCUAGAUGAAAUCACCAUUUUCACCCCACCAUCCGACUACAACAUUCCCCGUACGCUGUAUGCCCGCUCGGCACAGCUCCCAAACGGUGAUCUACUCGCAACAUGGGAAAACUACUCCCCAGAGCCACCACUAGUUUACUUCCCAAUCUACCGCUCAACAGACUACGGUAAGACCUGGAAUGCGUAUUCCAAUGUUACCGACCAAGUCAAUGGCUGGGGACUACGAUAUCAACCAUUCCUGUACUAUCUCCCUGAGAAGAUUGGUGAUUAUCCGGAGGGAACCCUGUUACUGGCGGGUAACAGUAUCCCUGAGGAUCUAUCGUCGACUCAGAUUGAUCUGUAUGCCUCGUUCGAUCAGGGUCUCAAGUGGGAGUUUGUUAGCCAUAUUGCGGCUGGUGGAGAGGCUGAGCCAGAUAAUGGGUUGACUCCUGUUUGGGAACCCUUCUUGAUGGCUUAUAAUGGAAAAUUGAUCUGCUAUUACUCCGAUCAACGAGACAACGCCACUUACGGACAGAAGCUGGUUCAUCAAGUCUCGAGCUCAUUGAAGACUUGGGGACCUGUUGUAGAUGAUGUCACAUACUCAACAUAUACCGAUAGACCGGGAAUGACAACAGUUGCGAAGCUCCCCAACGGAAAGUACAUCAUCACGUACGAGCACGGUUCCUUUUUCGACACGGCAGAUUAUAGUUUCCCAGUUACCUACCGCAUCGCUUCCAACCCAGAAGAAUUCAACUCCGCAGAACCGAUUCAACUUAUUGCAACUGAUGGAACGGAGCCAGCGUCAGCUCCUUACGUCGUGUGGACGUCGUAUGGAGGCAAAGAUGGAACGAUCAUCGUGAGCGCAGAGUCCUCUUCUGCAGUGUAUAUCAACCAGGCACUUGGAGAAGGCGAGUGGACGACGAUAGAUACUCCCGAGAGCGCGAGCUAUUCUCGAUCCUUGCGAAUUUUGUCGGAAGGAGAUGGAAAUUGGUUGGUCAUUAAUGGUGGUGGAGCAUUGGGUGGUGAUGACAACACUGUGACUAUUAGCGUUGUCGACUUGGAUGGGACAUUAUAG